AUGAUCUUAAGGAUCAUACAAAAAUAUUCAUUUAAAUGUGGUCAAUAUCGUAAAUAUCCAUUAUGUCGUUAUGAACUCAAGGCAACUGUACCAGAUGAUGAUCCAAAGUCGAUUACGGUAAUGUUCAAAGAUGCUCACAACCAUGACGAUCGAAACCAAACGUCUCGUGUACCAUCUCCAGUACGGCAAUCUGUUUCAAAAUAUGUUGGUAUUGGUUUAACUGAAGCUCAAAUUCGUUUCACUCAAUUUACAAAAUGUCGCGUACCAGCAACAUUAACGGCCGAACAAUAA